AUGGACCAGUCUCUGCAGCUCGCCAUUAAUCACGGACUGCCUUUGGCGGGGAAGAAUGCAGAAGACACGGAGCAUUUACUGUUGGUUUCCCUUACGGAACUUGAAGACGCCGACGAAGCGAGCCUUGUCCAGAAUUUUCAGCAUUCGCUGCAUGGCAAAAACGUUGACAUUCACUCAUGGAGACCGUCUACUGAAGUGCUGCAGGCAAUCGCGCACCAAGGUCAACACCGGGAUAGCCAGACCAACCUUUACGCAAUGGGUAUCCUGGCCCAUCGCGCAGGAUGGACGAGCCUGAUCGUUGCGGACGAACUGACGAAACGCCAGCUCAAGGGAACUUGUCGAGUGGGUGAAAAUUCUUCGAUUUCCAUGGUCAUGAUUGCUAUUCAAUCAUCUAACACGCAGCCGGGUCAUGAAGUUCGCGUGGUUGCCAAACGUACAACUGGAGAAGACAAAAACAACGCGGAGUUGAUGGCGACAAUGCAGACCUUUGAGCCGCAAGAAGUGAAUGAGUACAACAACGAGAUGUUUACAAACGACGGCUUGGUGCUUCAUGACACGGAUCGAGGUGUGUUUACCGGUGAUAUAGCAGCGAGGCUGGAGUGGGAGGAAUGCUCGAUUAGGGGCUCAACUACAGAAGAUGCCUCAUGGGCAAUUAAUCAUGGAGCACAACCCGUUGCGUUACCGUCAUGGGUGUACCAUGACAACCGCCAUCUGAACAUCUUCCUAAUGUUCCCAACCGCAGAGGACGAGCUUGCAAAUAUCAAAUCAACACUGCAGAGCGCCGCGCGGAAGUGCCACCAAAAAUACGGCGGCCAGGACCAGGAGAUGGCCAUUCAAUUGAUUCCAUGGGAGUAUCAUUAUGUGGCGUCUCGGCGCGGAUUACUCAACCUGUGGGACGGAUAUCAGCAGCAGAUUCUGGCCAACGACUAUUCGUCAAGAAUUUACUUCCUGCUGGAACCCACUAAGGAUACCGAGCGUGUCCUUAUCGGAAUUCUGAACUAUGACAUGCUAAAACCAGCCAUUGUGUCGUGGAUAUCUCUGGAGCAGGUAAUCAUAAAAGAGCAGCGCUGGGGAUUAUCCGCCAAAGAAUGCCUGGAUCGUCCGAAGCCGCACAUUCCAGAGAGCCAGGAGUCAGAGCUCAUGUAUCCGCCAGAACAACCGUUCUAUGUGAACAAUCCGCCUUGGCUCCCGGCCGAUGACCGCAUCAACUGGGUGCCAGUGUUUUACCUUACUAGUAACCUGACCAAGGAUCAGGACCAGGCAGUUCGCGCUGAGCUCCACACGACGAAUACGUUUGACCUCGAGCAAUGGGACAAACACUGUUGUUUUGUUCCCUGGAAAGACGGCCAGCGAGAUGGGACAUUGGAAGACAUGUGGGAUAUUUUCUGGGAUGUUUACACGUAUAGGAGAGAUCGCGCGACGUCAAUUACUCCACCUCUCCCUAUCUUCUUUAUCGACCAACAAUCUGGACAUGACCUGACAGUCAUCGCGGUGGACUCUGACAUCCUCUACACCAGAAAGUCAAACACUGCUGCGGCGGAGAUUCUCAAGAAUACACCGGCUCGAAAGGUCAGAGGAUUCUUUCACGGUCGACUCAGCGGUCGGGACGCACAUAUGGCACAUGCGAACUUGAGCAUCGCAAACAUGGGAUUUGACGAAUUUACCGAGGCGAAUCAGUUCCCAAGACCGGGUUGGCCAGGGCACGGGAUACUGGAAGACGAUGAGUGA